AUGUAUGACGAAAACAAAGAUGACACUUAUGGUGAUGAUUUCGUCAUAAACUGUGGCAUUGUAUCGAUGUUGCCAGCUGAAUACGACAUGGUGUCCGAAGUUUCUAAAAUAGAGGGAGACUUUGUUCCAGACGAGACAGAUGGGGGAAAACCUUUGUGCUACUAUGUCAUGAAUAAUGGCGUGGUGGAAGAACAAAAAUCUAUGUUUAAAAGCCCCAGUCCUGGGAUUAUGUACCAUCUAAAGCCGCUGUUCAUCAGAGCAAAGGUUGAUAGAAUGGCGGUGAACAAGGUUUUUAUCGACGGAGAAAUCAACACUCCACCACCUGAACAACCAACUCCACCACCAUCUAAACAACCACAAAUACCACCACCUGAACAACCCACAACAGCACCAUUUGAACAACCCACAACACCACCCUCUAAAUCUCCCAUCGUACCACCCUCUAAAAACAUUAUCAGCCCUACCUCUCAACCUCCCACUGACACUACCCAAACACCACCAACAUCUCCAUCCCCCAACUCUGAACUAGAACCUACCUUCCCCACCCUCGAAGAAGCAAUCUCUUUAUUUGAUGAGUCUUCAGUGGAGAAGAUCAGAUCUCUAUCUGAAAACUAUGGUAUCAGUGAUGAUCCCUCUAUAGCGCGACUGGUCAGAGAGGCAGAGGAAAAGGCCAGAAGUGAAGCAGAAGAGAAAGCUCGUCUGGAAGAAGAGAAACGAGUUAGAGAAGCUGCAAAAAAGGCUACUGCUAAAGCUGCUGCUGCUGCAACUACUGUUGUUGCGGCUACUGUUGCUGCGGCUGCUGCUGAGGCUGAAGCAAAAGCAAAAGCUGACGCCGAAGAGGCAGCACACAUAACAACGGAAGAAGCUGCAAAAGCUAGCACUAAUGCUCUGGCUCAGGGGGAGAAAUCAAACUUUGGCUUCGCUCCUUUGGUCCUGAAGACUCUGGAAGAGCUGCAGAAGGAGCAACAGAUAGUGCGAGCAAGACUCGAUCACCAGGACUCCGUUAACAACAAUAUUCAGUACCUGCUGACUCAGCUUCUCCAAAGGAUGCCUCCGCCUCCGAACCCUUAG